AUGACCUCAACAGACUCAUCUCCAGUUGAUCUCGCUCCUGCCACUACCCCUGCUGCCACCACAAAAAAGAAGCCACGCUGCUGGGGCUCGUUCGAAUAUGAGGAAGACGGUCGUAAGCACAUUGUCCAGUUCACAAAGGAAGGAAACGACGGCGAAUCCGGUGUUGGUGGAUAUGUCUUUGGCCGUCGGCAUGAUUGUGACUUUAUUCUUCCUAGCAGCCCCUUGGUCAGCGGUCGUCACUUUCUCAUCUACAAGGAAAUGGUCCACGAUCCAGACCUGAAAAAGGCCGUCGAACGCAUCUUUCUGAAGGAUUUCAGUUCCAAUGGAACCUUUAUCAACAACGUUAAGGUCGGAGUCAACAGGAGGGUGCAGCUCAAGGACCAUGACAAGAUCAAUUACUUGCAUGAGGCUAGAAAAUCGAGAGAUCGGUGCCGUUUCAUCUUCAGAGAAGGAGAACCUGCAGACGACUUGACUUUUGACAGCCAGUACGAACGAGGACCUCAGUUAGGCGCAGGCAACUUUGCAACCGUUUUCCGGACCACGCACAGAAAGACCGGCGUCGUCUACGCAGCCAAAGUCGUCAGGAAGAACGAGAGCUUUACCGCAAAAGUUGAGGCUAGUCUAGAGAGAGAGAUUGGGAUCCUGAUGAGUAUCGACCAGGCAGGUUUGAUUGGCAAAAACCUCCUGAGGGUGUGCGAAAUCUUCAAUGAACCAAAUUUUUACUACGUGGUGACAGAGCUCGCUCCCGAUGGCGAAUUAUUUGACCAGAUCAUCGACAAGCAGAAGUUCACAGAGAAGGAAACGAGGCACAUCUUCAAGCAGGUCCUCGAAGGUGUGAAAUACCUUCACGACCGAGGAGUCGUACAUCGUGAUCUCAAGCCGGAAAAUAUCCUUGUUAUGGAUAAGGAUACCAUGACAGUCAAGAUCUCGGACUUCGGUCUUGCCAAGAUGAUUGGAGAGCGCGUUUUCUUUAAUACCAUCUGUGGCACUCCCAGCUAUGUUGCUCCCGAAGUGAUCAGGAACGGGGAGUAUGGCAAAGGCGUCGACAUGUGGAGUCUCGGAGUCGUCCUCUAUAUCUGUCUUUGCGGAUUCCCACCAUUCAGCGAUGAUCUUGCCCCACCAAAGCUCAGGAUACAAGUCUUGCAGAGCAUGUACACUUUCCCCUCGCCAUAUUGGGACGAGAUCAGUGACGAGGCUGUUGAUUUAGUUCAAGUAUUGCUGGCUCAGAACCCUGAAGACCGGUUGACCGUCGACGAGGCCCUGGAUCAUGUCUGGAUGACACUAGAUGACGACGAGGGAACGAUGCCAUCCCAGUCGAGAACAGAUCCCAUGCCCAAGGUCAAGGGGCUGCUCUCACGUGUCAUGACAGAGCGCGCCGACAGAGCCAUCCAGCGCGGCGUCAGGGUUGGAUACUCACAACCCACACCUUUCAGUCAGACGAUUCCAGACCUGCCAGAAGACAAUGACGAAGACGAGGAGCCACAGUCUCAGGUAGUGGAUUCGCAAGAGUAUUCGCAGCUCGUAGAGCGAGGCGACACUGUUGAGAUGGGCUAUGGAUCUGGGAUUGGAAUCUUUUCGCAAGACGGCAUGGUCCGCGGUACGGGCAUGGACACGGAUAGCGAGGACAAUGAGGACGAUGGGACGUUCUAUCACUCUCUUAAGGAGGGCAAUCCUUCGUCUGGUAAACCUGCUGUUGCAGAAGAUACAUCAGAUGUAUCGAAUGACGCUGUGGCCGGAGCCGAGAGCGACCGGUCAUUCAUGAGCGUCCAAGAGACGUUCAACAGUGAAGGUUCUGCCAAAAUUAGUUCCGCCAACAGCUUCCAGGGCGACAAGACCAUGAGGGAGCCCAGCAUGAAUGGCGGUAUGGAUGAUGAGGCAGCCAUAUCGACAGUUAUCACAACAACAUCCAAGGAACCACGUCCAGAAUCGGGCUCGGACACAGACGAGCGAUCCAGUAAAAGGGCCAGGACCGGCCAAUAG